AUGCUUGUGGCCUUCAAUGUGGAUGUAACCCAGCCCUGGGUCACACCAGAGGGAGGCCCUUUUGUGCUCAGCUCCCUGCUGCACCAAGAUCCCAGCACCAACCAGACAUGGCUUCUGGUCACCAGUGCCAACAAGACCUCAGCACCUCUGCAUCGAUGCUCCCUCACCCAGGAUGGAAUCGUUUGCCAGCCAGUGGAGCAUGUCCCUGUCCUAAAGGGGAAGCACCGGGGAAUCACAGUUGUCCGGAACCAGCAUGGUGUCCUGAUAUGCAUUCAGGUGCAGGCCCGGCAGCCCCAUAGCCUCAGCUCAGAACUCACAAGCAACUGCAGCCUGCUGACCCCCGACCUGCUUCCCCAGGCCCAGGUCGACUUCUUUGAUCUUGAAAGUCUCCUGGACCCAGAUGCGCAGGUGGACACUGGCCACUGCUACAGGAAUAAAGGAGGCAGCCCAGGAGAGAAUAAGAACUUAGCCAGAAGGCAUCGGGCCCUGGAGGAGGGAGAGCAGGAGGAGGGAGAGCAGGAGGAGGAAGCUGGCACUGAGAUUGCCAUAGUCCUGGAUGGCUCAGGAAGCAUUGAACCCCAAGAUUUUCAGAAAGCCAAAGACUUCAUCUCCAACAUGAUGAGGAACUUUUAUGAGAAGUGCUUUGAGUGCAGCUUUGCCUUGGUGCAGUAUGGGGAAGUGAUCCAGACUGAAUUUGAUCUUCGAGACAGUGAGGAUGCCAUGGCCUCCCUUGCCAGAGUCCAGAACAUCACUCAAGUGAAGAGUGUCACCAAGACUGCCUCAGCCAUGCAGCACGUGCUAGAUCAUAUCUUCACAUCAAGCCGUGGCUCCAGGAAAAAGGCAUCCAAGGUCAUGGUGGUGCUCACCGAUGGUGACAUAUUUGGAGACCCCCUCAACCUCACAACUGUCAUCAACUCUCCGAAGAUGCAGGGUGUUGAGCGCUUUGCCAUUGGGGUAGGAGAUGAAUUUCAGAAUGCUAAGAAGGACAAGGAACUGAAGCUGAUAGCCUCGGACCCCAGUGAGACCCACGCCUUCAAGGUGACCAACUACGGCGCCUUGGAUGGGCUGCUGAGCAAGCUGCAGCAGAGCAUCAUUCACAUGGAAGGCACCGUCGGAGACGCCCUUCAUUACCAGCUGGCACAGACUGGCUUCAGCGCACAGAUUCUGGACGAGGGGCGGCUGCUGCUCGGCGCCGUGGGCGCCUUCACCUGGUCGGGGGGAGCCGUGUUGUACAGCCCCGCUCAGCGCCGCGGCCGCUUCCUGAACCACAGCGCCGAGGCCGCAGGGGCCGGGCCGGCGCAGUAUGGAUACCUGGGUUACUCUGUGGCGGUACUACACAAGGCCUGUGGAGUUUCCUACAUCUCUGGGGCUCCACGGUACAAACAACGUGGGGCAGUGUUUGAGCUUCAGAAGAAAGACAGAGAGGCCACCUUUGUACCAAGGCUGGAGGGAGAGCAGAUGGGGUCCUACUUUGGCUCUGAGCUGUGCCCUGUGGACGUGGACAUGGACGGGACCACGGACUUCUUGCUGGUGGCUGCUCCAUUUUUCCACAUUCGUAGAGAAGAAGGCAGAGUCUACGUGUAUCAACUACAUGAGCAGGAUGGUUCCUUCUCCUUGGCACGCACACUGAGUGGACAUGUAGAGCCUGGUGGUGGCCGCUUUGGCUUCGCCAUGGCCUCUGUGGGGGACAUUAAUCAGGACAGGCUUACAGACGUGGCCAUCGGAGCCCCACUAGAGGGCUUCACAUUGGACGAUGGGGCCAGCUUUGGCAGCGUGUACAUCUACAAUGGACGCCGGGAUGGCCUCCCUGCCAGCCCCUCACAGAGGAUCAGAGCCUCCACCUUGGCCCCAAGACUCCACUAUUUUGGCAUGUCCUUGGCUGGUGGUUUGGAUUUCAGUGGCGAUGGCCUGGCUGACAUCACUGUGGGCACGCUGGGCCGGGCAGCUGUGCUCUGCUCACGACCUGUGGUUCACCUGGAGCUGUCCAUGAACUUCACCCCCAGUGCACUGCCCAUUGGCUUUGGUGGCAGAGUGAAUGUAGAUUUGUGUUUUAAAAUCAUUUCAGCAACUGAGGCCACUGAGUCAGCCCCAGGCCUCAGAGAAGCUUUGCUCAACUUCACCAUGGAUGUGGAUGCAGUGAAGCAGAGGAAGAGGCUGCAGUGUUCCCACAUGACUGACUGUCAGGACCGCCUUAGGAACUGGACCAGCAGCCCCCUGCUGUGUGAGCAUAUCUGGCUCAUCCCCACAAACGGAGAGCUGUGUGAGGAGGACUGCUUCUCCAACAUCAGCAUCGUAGUCAGCUACCAGCUCCAGAUCCCUGAGGGCCCAAGGGGCCAGCCCCACCCCAUCCUGGACCACUACGUGAAGCCUUCUGCCAUCUUCCAGCUGCCCUACGAGAAGGCCUGCAAGAACAAGCUGUUUUGCAUUGCUGAGUUCCAGUUGGCCACCACCAUCUCUCAGCAUCCUUUCUCUCCAGACAUUCAGUGUGAUGAUCCAGUGCCAGUUGCUUCUGCCCUGGUCAUGAACUGCAAGAUUGGCCACCCCAUACUCAAGAAGUCGUCUGCAAAUGCCUCAGUAGUUUGGCAGCUAGAGAAUGCUUUCCCCUUCCCCAACAGGACAGCAGACAUCACUGUGACAAUCUCCAAUUCUGAGGAAAGGUCUUUGGCCAGAGAGACUCACAGUCUUCAAUUCCGGCAUGCCUUCACUGCUGUUCUCCCCAGACCAUCAGUGAUAUACAUGAAUGCAAGCCUGGGACUUUCUGAACACAAAGAAUUCCUUUUCAGUAUACAUGGAGAAAAUGUCUUUGGAGCCAAAUUCCACUUGCAAAUUUGUGUCCCAAUUAAAUUACAAGGUCUCCAGAUUGUAAGAGUGAAAAAUCUGACAAAAACUCAGGUAUGUAAAAGUAAUUCUUUAUCACAAUCACAUCUUUCUAGUCUUUUGUCUUCCCAGCACGUGGAGCAAUGGCAUCUAGUAAGCUGUGCCAUCACAUCAGAUAAAGAAAAUGUAACUGUGGCUGCAGAGAUCUCCUUGGGUCAUGCUAAGCAGUUACUGAGAGAUGUAACUGAACUGCAGAUCUUUGGUGAAAUAUCUUUCAACAAGUCUCUAUAUGAGGGACUGAAUGCAGAAAACCAUAGAACUAAGAUCACUGUCAUCUUCCUGAACAGUGAAGAGCCUCCUUCUUUGCUUCUGAUCAUUGGCAGCAGUGUUGGUGGCCUUCUGGUUUUGUUGGUGAUUGUAGCCAUCCUGUUCAAGUGUGGCUUUUUUAAAAGAAAAUACCAACGUCAGAACUUGGAGAGCAUGAGAGCCCAGCUGAAAUCAGACAGUGUGCUUGCUGAAGAAAAUUAGAACUUGCUUUCUCAUCUACUGGGAGAGAAUACCAACCAGUCUCCACACUUCUAGAAACUUGGAACUUCAACUACAUUUCUAUACAGUGAUCUAGAGAAGCACCAAAUGAAUAGUAUUGUUUUUGACUACACGUUGUCUCCAAAGUCUCUUUGUAUUCUAAAAAAAAAGGAAACUUGAGGAACAUUAGUAUUAAAGUUAGUUUUCUUUGUUUUUA